GGUGAUUAAUUGAUAGCGGAAAGCAUCGCUUAUGUUAUUCUAUUCUGAGAAGCUGAAACGCAGUCGCUUUAUCGCGUUACCGCUUCAAAUAACACAGCUGGACUUUUUAUUAAUGAAAUUAGUUUAUCGGUAAACCCUUUUCCCUGAACUAAACUGAGGCUGUAAACAAAACCCGUGAUAUUGAGUGAUAUUAUAGUAGUUAGCAUCUCUAUCUACAGGUCUGUAGUCAUGACGCUACAUUGCUAACUGGGAAAUAACUGCCAACCAACAUGCCGUUUUACUUUCUUGAACUGAUAAACUGAGUUCACUUGUAUGUCUGCUGAAAGAUAAAUGUGUCUGACUACUUAAACUGUCACACAUUGUUUUGGCGUGGAUAUUAGCCUGGUUAGCUUUGUGCGGGCGCUUGUGUUGCUCCACACAUACAACUGCGUUUUCUAUAGAAACUGUCAUAUUUCAGUAUAAUAGUGGAUUUUAACUCAUUUGUGAACGUAUAUGCUUGAGUACUUUAAAACUGAAGCGGACUGACAGGUCUUUGCCCAGCCCGGUCUUUAAUUUGUAACUUUCAGGCGUGAAUCUCAUGUAUGAAUGUGAGAUAAAUGCGAGUGAAAUGCAGUGGUGAGGAAGAGAUCAAUGCCGUGUGUGCUGGAGGAUGAUGCGGAUGAGUUGGAUGAUCACUGUCAUUAACAGAAGAAUAAUGAAGAUACUGAUCGCCCUCGCUCUCAUUGCUUACAUCGCCUCUGUCUGGGGAACCUACGCAAAUAUGAGGUCAAUACAAGAACAUGGAGAAAUGAAGGUUAAGCAGAAGAUAGAUGAGGCAGUGGCACCUCUCAGGGAGAAAAUACGGGAGCUUGAGCUAAGUUUUACCCAGAAGUACCCACCUGUGAAAUUCUUGUCAGAGAAGGAUCGAAAGAGGAUAUUGAUCACCGGUGGAGCAGGUUUUGUGGGCUCUCACCUCACUGAUAAGCUGAUGAUGGAUGGUCAUGAGGUGACCGUGGUGGAUAAUUUCUUCACUGGCCGCAAGCGCAAUGUAGAGCACUGGAUUGGCCACGAGAACUUUGAGCUGAUCAACCAUGAUGUGGUGGAGCCUCUCUAUAUCGAAGUUGACCAGAUAUAUCAUUUGGCCUCCCCUGCAUCGCCACCCAACUACAUGUACAACCCUAUCAAGACACUGAAAACAAAUACCAUUGGGACUCUCAACAUGCUGGGUUUAGCCAAGCGAGUCGGAGCUCGCCUGCUCCUUGCCUCCACUUCAGAAGUAUAUGGAGACCCAGAGGUGCACCCCCAGAAUGAGGAGUACUGGGGCCAUGUAAACCCCAUUGGUCCACGGGCCUGUUAUGAUGAAGGAAAGCGUGUUGCUGAGACCAUGUGUUACGCCUACAUGAAACAGGAGGGAGUGGAGGUGAGGGUGGCUCGGAUCUUCAACACCUUCGGGUCUCGCAUGCACAUGAAUGAUGGGCGAGUGGUCAGUAAUUUCAUUCUGCAGGCUUUACAGGGAGAGCCACUUACAGUUUACGGUUCAGGGUCUCAGACAAGAGCUUUCCAGUAUGUGAGUGAUCUGGUGAACGGUCUGGUGUCCCUGAUGAAUAGUAACAUCAGUAGUCCAGUCAACCUGGGAAAUCCAGAGGAACACACCAUAUUGGAAUUUGCUCAACUUAUUAAGAGCCUAGUAGUGAGUCGCAGUCAUAUUCAGUUCCUUCCAGAAGCACAAGAUGAUCCACAGAGACGACGGCCAGACAUCCGUAAGGCCAAAAUGCUUUUGGGCUGGGAGCCUGUGGUGCCACUGGAAGAAGGCUUGAACAAAACCAUUCAGUACUUCAGUAGAGAGCUGGAGCAUCAAGCCAACAAUCAGUAUAUUCCCAAACCCAAAGCUGCACGGAUGAAAAAAGGGAGGCCCAGACACAACUGAAGAAUUGAGUUUAUCUCAGGGAUGCUGUGAUACUGAAGGACCUUAGACAUCCAGCAGCCAUUUCACAGAGUGGGUUUGCCAUCCCCCACUUAAAGAUCUUUUUGGAAAAAAGAAGAAUAUUUUUUUGAUGUUUUUCUGCAAUGCUUUGAAGAGUUUGUUUUUCAGUCAAACGUUCCUCAAAGAGAUCCAAUUUACAGACUUUGCCUUGCACUUUUUGAUUUGUCUGUUGUCUGUUUAUUUAAAAGCCAGCUUCAAUCUUCAUGUGCAUUUUUUGUUGUGUGUUUACAUUCUGUGCCAUUUUAAUUAAUGUGAUAUAUUUAUAUAUCAUUGUCAAAGCUAGCAGUGAUUUUUUUUUUUUUUUUUUUUGAGUGGACACCUCUUCCGAUGUUAAAAAUGUAUAAUUGAAAUUGGUGGUUGCAAUUUAUUUCAAGAUCUUGAAUGUUUGAUCCAAAGCAGGAAAUCUCACCCAGCUCUGCCACGAAUGAUUUGAGCUUUGGGAAAUGUUCUUUCUGCUUUAAUCUUUGUGGUGAUUUUGAAAAGCUGUUGUUACCUUUGUGAAACUUCGUACAGAACUUUGAACCUAUUAUUGAUUUCAGGUGAAAAAGAAUAUUUUAAUAAAAUAUUUGCUGUGAUUUUUACUGUAUUCCCAUUUUAAUCUUACUUUAUCUGCCUUUCCACUCAAUGGUGGCAUCCCUAUUCCCCAUUUAUAUUGCUUUUAUCUCUUGUCUGCAGUGUUCCCCUCUCAAAUCCUUUAGCUUUUUCUGUCCCUCCUUCCUUCUCUACCUUCAUCACUGAGUGGUGCAUGUGUUAUUUUAAUUUUACAAAACCGCACUGUUGCUAUGCAGACUUGAGGUUUGAUGGGAAAAGUGUACUGUCAAUGAAAGAGGGGAUGUGUAGUCAUGUCUUACAUUCUUCCAUGGAACACAGAAGUUAUGCAGAAUAUAUGCCUCAGUCACCAUUCAUUUUCAGUGAAUAACGACAUGCAUAUGAAACCUGUUCAUCACACAAAGUGUGUGCCUUCAGAAGACUUGUAAUAUAUCCAUACUGAGUCAUAUGGACUACUUUUAUGAUAUUUUUAUGAUGCUUUUUUGUCAUUUCGGUGCUUUGUUGCACCUGUCCCCAUUUUCAUUAAAUGGAAAAUAGCGGCCACUGUAUUCUACAAAAAUGUCACCCUUUGUUUUCCACAGAAUAAAUAAGUUACAGGGCUUUGGAACGACAUGAGGGUGAAUAAAUGAUUGAGUACAUGAAAACACAAUAAUAAUAAAAAAAGACUUUAUUCUUGAUUUUGGCCCAUUACUAACUGCAAAAAGGAAGUACAAAAAAGGAGUCCAAGCUACAAAAGGAAGAAGCAAGUUGGCAUCAUGGUAAAGUCAAUUAAGAGAGAUUAUGUCAACCACAGAAUCCUGUUCAGUUUUGCAGCAGUGAAGCAGUUCUGAAAGGAAAAGGGGUUUUAGUAGUAGUCAUAAUUGACGUUUGUGCCAUGCCUGUAUGACCCAGCAGCCCAAGGUCUCAUGGAAGCGUUUUCAUCAUAGUGAUGCUGGUGACCCUGGUCAUUGGAAUGGUAGUGGUCCAUCCAAGUAAAAAAAAAAAAUAUUACAUUACAGGGUCAAUGAAGUAUUAUUUGUUCAAAUAUAUUAAAGUAGAACGUCAUAAAUGUGUGUACAGUAUGAUGCAGGAUGCUAGGAAAUCACAGAGACACAUGACUGUGUCAAGAUAUGUUUUUUAUUUUAUUAAGAUAUUUUUACCUUUUAAUGACAUUGGAAGGCAUGUUUAGGUUGUCAAAUUGUGUAAUCUCAAGAAAAACAUGAUUCUCAUGAUUCCAAAAUGCAUGAUUUUUGCUGUAUUAAGGUGCUAUUCAUUGUAAAGCUGCUUUGGAACAAUAAUUAUUGUAAGAAGUGCUAUACAAAGGAAUUU